AUGUCGUGGCGGCCGUCUGAGAAGCUGAUGCAGACCAUCUCUCAUUAUGCCAGCUUUCCGCCUACUGGGGUCAGUCUGCGCCAGAUGGUACAGUUUGGAGAGAAACCCUCGACUGGCACUCUGUUCCGCGCCUCUCAGUUUCUUUCCGAAGAGCUUCCAGUGCGACUCGCCCACCGCGUAGAAGAGUUGGGCAAGUUGCCGGAUGGGCUCAACGAGAUGACCUCCAUCAAAAAGGUGAGGGACUGGUACGCUCAGUCCUUCGAAGAGAUCACAACCCUGCCGCGACCAGAGCUGGAUUCGGAAACCCGGAAACGCCUCCUCGGCCCUCCCAAGAAGGCCGCCAACAAACUCGCUUCCGCUACUCGAAAUCCUAGUCUCAGAUCAGAUCACAAUGGCAAUGGAAACAGCAGAGCUGGACUGAACACCCGUCGAUACUUUGCCCCCUUGGAUGAUGGCAAAGAAUGGCCUCCGGUUCUUGCAGAGUACAACCGAAAGUUCUCCCGCAUGCUCGAGGUCAUUAAGAGGAGGCACGAUCCAGUCGUGACCACUGUGGCCCAAGGCAUCAACGAAUGGAAACGCAAACAACAGCGCAUGCAGAUUGAUUCAUCCAUCCAGUCUUUCCUCGACCGUUUCUACAUGUCGCGUAUCGGCAUUCGUAUGCUCAUCGGGCAACAUAUUGCCCUGACGGAGCAAAGCAUCCACAGACACCCCCACUACGUGGGCAUAAUAUGCACUAAGACAAACGUGAAGGAACUUGCCGAAGAAGCCAUCGAAAACGCCCGAUUCGUGUGCGAAGACCAUUAUGGCUUGUUCGACGCCCCCAAAGUCCAAUUGUUCUGUCCGCCUAACUUGACAUUCAUGUACGUGCCAGGCCAUUUAUCCCACAUGCUCUUUGAGACUUUGAAGAACUCUCUUCGAGCGGUGGUCGAAACCCACGGCGCGGAAAAGGAGGAAUUCCCCGUGACCAAAGUAAUUGUUGCCGAGGGAAAAGAAGACAUCACCAUCAAAAUCAGCGAUGAAGGAGGUGGCAUCCCGAGAUCUGCCAUCCCUCUUGUAUGGACAUACAUGUACACUACAGUCGACACCACACCAGAACUUGAUCCUGGCUUCAAUGCCAGUGACUUCAAGGCGCCGAUGGCUGGCUUCGGCUACGGAUUACCCAUAUCACGCCUAUACGCACGUUACUUUGGAGGAGAUUUGAAGUUGAUUUCGAUGGAAGGAUACGGAACAGAUGUGUAUCUCCACCUCAACCGACUUUCCUCGUCUUCCGAACCUCUGCAAUAA